GAUUAGAGCUGAAUAUAUUGUCAUAUGUGAUCCGUGAUAUUGACAAAGAUUUCAUUCACACCCCACAGACAAACAAAAUGGCGGUAGAUUGAUUGACGUUUUCGUGUUUCUGUGUUGGUUUUCAGAGUCAUUAUGUCAUUUCAGGGAAAGAAUAUCCCAAAAAUGGAGUUAUUCCGAACAGAUCAGUAUUACAUAUUUGUAAACGGUGAAUAUGGUUUGUGGUUGGAUCGGACAACGGGUGAAUUUGAAGCUAAACCAGCUUGGGACUUGGCAUCAGCUGUUGAUCCAGAAUGUCUAGGUGUCUUGUGUGGUAUUGUUGGUAAAAUUGAACUGCAGUCCGUUGUAGACUGCCGUUUGAUGCUCAUAAAGGAAAGUGCCUCAGUUGGAGACUUACCAGGCGGUAAAACUGUUUAUAAGAUAAAAUCGGUUACAUUUCUGCAACUUGGACCAGCAGGAGAUUCUACAGACUUGGGUCUUAAACCAUGCAGAAAACAUCAGAACAAUAAAAAGGCAGGGACCUCCGGUGGUGGUAUUUUUGAUAUACACCAAAAGGCUGCAUUUGCUAAGACUUGGGGUACCAUUAAGUCAGCUACUAACACAAUAAAAAAUACUACUCAGCAAGCAGCAGCAUUAGCAACGUCUCAGGUGAAAUUAGGAAAACGACGAGAUAGCAAAGAACGUGAAAAAUUUGAACGCCGAAUACUGGAAGAGCUGCAACGAAUUUUCACAGAAACGGACUCUUUCUAUUACUCUUUAGAUGGUGACCUUACAAACUCUCUUCAGCGACAGUGUAAUCUGAGAGAAAAGAAUAAAGAAUUUCUAAAGAACAGAGGACUCUGGAGAACUGUGGAUGACAGAUUUUUCUGGAACAAACACAUGCUGCAGGAUAUAAUAUCAUUGAAUUCUCCUCUGGCAGACCCUUGGAUAGUGCCAAUUAUUCAAGGUUUUGUACAAAUUGAACAUUGCAAGGUAGAAAUAGGAUUUGAUCCAGCGGUCAAUGAAGCCUUAGAACCCAGAUACGAGACGUUUACUCUGAGUCUCAUCUCCCGUCGCAGCCGUUUCAGAGCCGGUACUCGUUACAAGCGACGUGGGGUUGAUGAAGAUGGAAAAUGUGCCAACUAUGUUGAGACCGAGCAGAUAGUGUCUCAUCACCACCACCAAGUGUCUUUUGUGCAAGUUCGAGGUUCUGUUCCAGUGUUUUGGUCCCAGCCGGGUUAUAAGUACAGACCUCCUCCUCGUAUCGAUAAAGGGGAAACGGAGACACAGAUGGCUUUUGAAAAACACUUUGCAGAGGAAAUAGCCAUUUAUGGACCAGUAUGCAUUGUGAAUCUAGUGGAUCAAGCCGGAAAAGAGAAGAUAAUCUGGGAUGCCUACACCAACCAUAUCCUCGCAUAUAACAGCCUAGACUUAACGUAUGCUACCUUUGAUUUCCACGAAUACUGCCGAGGUAUGCAUUUUGAAAAUGUGUCGGUGCUGAUUGCCAGUCUUGUGGAUGUCAUCCGGGAUAUGAACUACUGUUGGACGGACAGUGAAGGCCAGAUAUGCAGUCAGAAAGGCAUCUUUAGGGUCAACUGUAUCGAUUGUCUUGACCGAACAAAUGUCGUGCAGACUGCAAUAGCAAAGGCUGUGAUGGAAAUUCAAUUCUCAAAACUUGGUUUGAUUCCGCCAGAAGGAAAUAUUCCUACCAGCAUUCGCAACACUUUCCAACUACUUUGGGCAAACAAUGGUGAUAUCAUCAGUAAGCAGUAUGCAGGGACCAAUGCUCUCAAGGGUGAUUACACGCGGACUGGAGAGAGAAAAUUUACAGGAUUGAUGAAAGAUGGAAUGAACUCCGCCAACAGAUAUUACUUGGGUCACUUUGUUGACUCUUAUCGCCAAGCUGGUAUCGACAUAAUGCAGGGUCAAACCGUCGAUGAUGAGGAUCUCAAGAACUGCACCAGUGAGUUACAAACUGCAGCUUCUAUAGUGCAGGCUCUGGUACCAUCAUCUCUGCCUAUGUACAUGUCAGACAUAGAAUUUGGUCUUGAGAUGAAGUUCAUCAACGCAAUGUAUCACAUGACAAGGUAUUACCUCAGUCGCUUCAAGGACACAUACAGACAAGCCACAAUUGAUAUGAUGCUAGGUAAUCCUGUGUCGGAGGAUGUGUUCAGCCAAGAGAAGGCCGAUGAUGAAGUGGAUGUUGCGGCCACCGCAGAGCACGUGAAAUUACUCAUUGAAGAUUGUAAAAAGAUGUUGAUUAGUGACACGGACAUCAUUCUGGGAGCGUGGGGACUCAUUGAUGCAGACCCUGUAUCUGGUGAUCCAACAGAGACAGAAAUUGACACAAUAUUGAUCCUUACGAGAGAUUCGUAUUAUGUUGCAGAGUAUGAUGAUCAGUUGGAUAGAGUCACAAAAUACCAGCGCAUCCUGCUACAGGAUCUGACAUUGAUUGAAUUUGGAUUUCUGGAGCACGGUGGCCCGGUAUCACUGUUCAAGCAGACGUCAAAGACGGGGAACCACUGCAUCAGGCUGAAUUAUAGAGUGGCAUCUGUUCCUGGUUAUUUUCAUGUAUUCAGAUCCACAAACCUGAGGUUCUUCAACAACAUGGCUGUCGGAAUCAAGACACACGAGGAGAUGAUCGAGUCCUUGAAAGCAAUAUGUGAAGCAUUUAUAGUUGCAAUUGAAAUAGCCCACCUUCCACCUGUAACAUUCAGACAGAAUAAGUUGGACAAGCGGAAGAGCAAGUUGUUAACUUCGGACAGUAGCAGUUUGCUGGGACCAGGAAGUUACUUGGAUGUGACCCGUCUGCCCCACAUGACUCGCAACGUGUCCGAGACCCAGCUGUCGUCGCUCAAGAACGUUGGUACGAAGGCCUUGAAUAACGUGACUCAGCAGUUUAAUAAACUGAACAAGCUUGGACACAGUUUCAACACGAAGAAGUCAAAACAGGCUGCAGAUGACGAGAAGGGCAAGAAACAAGGACCAAUUUUCACUGUCGGAGUUCCAGAUAAUGCGCCACAAGAUGCAAACUCUACAUUUUCAGUUUCAAAGCAUUCCAGUGAUGAAGAAGAAGAGGUAGCUCCUUUUGAAUACGUUCGGCAUCAUCAGACAUCGUUCUUGUCUCAACAACAGGAUCCUCUGUGUCAAACAAGAACCGAUCUCUUUGCAGAAGGGAAGUUCACCGAUUUGUUCCUACCCGAUGUUGGAAUUAUCAUGAGUACGAAGGUUAGAGGAUGAACGUUGCUGUUGGUGAAUAGCACCUCGAAGCUUGCUCAGCUGAUGAUAAAAGUAAUUAGUUUUAUAGGAUUGCGGGUAUUCGUAACAAGUCCUUGCGUUUAAUAUAUAUCUUAAUUAACGCCGAACUGUUGGUAAAACAACGUAAUAUCGCACUGUAAAAAUGUAGCCUUGGCGGGGUAAGACCCCAGAAGGUAACGAAAGUACGGGAAGUCCCCGAGUUACAAACGCACUUGACGACUUAUACUUUGUAUUUUGUACGUUGCUCAGGGUUCAGUUAUUUUUGAAUUGCAAAACAGUUUUCUUGCGAGUAAGCGGUUUUAAGAAUAAAAUUAUCAUUAAAAUUUUUGGGCUCUAUAAAAAUUUCUUAAGUAAGACUACGUAUUUUUUUUUAAACUUGGGUUGCAUCGUACCAACUUAACAACAGAAAAGUCCGUGAAUGAAGAGAACGCUAGGCAGUGCCACGUGGAUAUUUGCCGGCUUCUCGUCGUGGUUUCCCGGGUCGAUCCACAGGGUUUUGUCAUGGCCGAAGUCACACUGGGACAGAUUUUUAUACAAGUCGUUCAUUUUUAAUUCAUGCUUCAUCUGUGGGAUAGACAAUUGGACCAUUAAGCGGCCCAUCCACGUACGAGUCCGGCUCGGCUCGGGUUCCAUCGAGCCAGACUUGCUUUAGUGGCUGCAGUUCCAUCGAGACGGUCGAGACGUAGUCUCACCUCACCACCACAACAGUAAAUAUGAUAACAUUAAUAAGGAACCACUAAAUAUUUGGUGCUAUUAUUUUCGCAAAGAAACACCGCUUAAUUUAAUGAUAUAUUUAUGUUCUAUGAAUGUACGCAGGUAAAUCUGUAUAGAGUUUUAAUUUGUCUGCUGCGUUAGUUGAUGUGGGAUGCGACGUGCGUCAGUGACUGGGAUGACUUCGUUGUUCAUGUACCUGCGAAGAUAUCCAUCGAAUGUCUCGGUUUUGGCAGUGCCAGUACUUUAUAGAACACGUACAGUCUAUGCACGAUAUAUUAAACAAGUUAGUAAUUUAUGCAGCGUAGGUCAUGUUAGCGUCGCAUUAGGGAGCGUAAACCGACGUAAUAUUUCGCUGUUUGAGUUUGCAGUGGACUGUAGAGUGUAGAAGUAUGAAUGUAUGUAAGCGCGCUGGUCGUCGCGAAUUACCAGAAUUUUUUUUUUCAGCUGGUUGAAUCAGUUGUCCAACUCUAAUUAAUUAUUCAUUGUCUUAAAUAAAUUUUGUAUCUCGUAUCCUCCUCCAGUAUUUUUCUUUUUUUGUUUCAUACGGGUCGAUGGAUCAAUUUUUAUCUUUAGCGGAAUUUAGUUGGAAUUUGAACUUUUCACUUUGUAUACGAUAGAAGGUAAAGAAACAAACACGUUCUAUUAUUUUUUUGUUGUUGUAAUUUUGUCGUGCGACGUAAGUGACUUUAUAAUGAAGUUACUCAUGAACACCAAAUCAGUCAUUCAGCCCUGAUGAUGGAAGCAGUGUGUUCAUCUGAAAUGUUGACAGUGCAACAACCCACAGGAUCAUCUGUGUAUGAAAAGUAAUAGAAAGUCUGAAGGGAAGAGACCACUCACAAAUGCUAGGUGUAGAUGAGAGGAUAAUAUUAAAAUGGAUGUACAGGGUGAGGUUGCAUGGGCGCUUGUGAACGUGGUAUUUAGCCUUAGGGUUCCAUGUAAGGCGGAGUUUCUUUACAAGGUGAGUGUGCUGUCAUCUGUCCGUGAGGUUGAUGACACUCGUGCUUCUAACAGUCCACGUGGUUAAUUAAAGUAGCUAUUGCCAGUGUGGCAGGAAUUAGUUUAUGCCAAGGCGAUGUUUGAAUAGCGUAGUAAUUAGGUGCGCAUGCGCGUGUAUAUAUAUGUGCGCAUGCGCGUGUAUAUAUGUGCGCAUGCGCGUGUAUAUAUGUGUGCUUGCGCGCGUGCGUGUACUCGGCUCAAUUAGGUUCUAUUGUCUGUGGAAACUCGCAGAUAUUAUCAAAGCAAAUGUUCUAAACAAAUUUAGUACAUGAAUAAUAAUAACAAUAAUAAUAAUAAUUGUUAGAAAAUUAAUAUAAAAAAAUGACACUUCCCUUCCCUGUAACUGCACAGAUACAAUGAAACGUUUUAAUAAUAUUAUAAUAUUCAUAUUAUUUAUGAUUGUUUCAUCUCUCAGCAAUGUAAAGGACCAAGAAAUCUCACGCAAAUUUUAAAAAUAAAAAAAAAAGAUAAUAUUUUCUGUAUGCUUAUUAGUGGCGGCAAUAAUAUAAAUGUAAUAUCUGUUUAUAUACUCGUACGUAAUAAUACGAUUAAUCAUAUUUGUUUAGUACCAGAUUGAUAUUAAGUAGUAUCGUGCUUUAAACUUUUGCUGUCAUUAAAUUACAGAAUCGCUUGAAAUAUUUAUGUAACGUAAUUUAUAUCGGGUAAUAAAGUACGUAAGGUACUCGUAUAUUAAAAAUUAUAUCAGUAUUUUAAAUUUCAUUUACCAACAGAAUUUUGAAAAUUAUGUUAAUUGAUUGGUACCUACUGCUAGAAUUUAAUUAUAAUUUAAUAUUUUUUUAUCGUUCGAGUACCGAAAGAAUUUUGUUGAAUGGUGUUUACAAAUCAAUCAUUACCUGCAUUAAGAAAAUAUAUAUUUAAAUUUAAGUUUUUGUAAUUGUAUUCGUUGUAUCAUCAAACCACAUUCUACGUGCAGUAUUAUUAUUGAUUACGUUGGAAGUUCGAGAGUGUAGGAUGAGUUCGUGGAUGAAAGAAUCUAGGUGUGCGUGGUGGAAUGAUAUUAAAAUUUUGUUAAAAUAAAUAGUUUAGUAGGUUACGGAAUUUAUUUUGUGGCUCAGGAUUGAAUUCGGUGGUUCACUCCUUUGAUGAACGUUUUGAAUUCAUCAAAUGGAGGAAGUUUCUUGAGUAGCUGAGCAACUGGAAGUUUUUCAAGUACUCGUUAAAAUUAGUUAGGGAGGAAAGCAGCUUUUCAAGUUUGCAGAAGCAGUAUACCAAAAUUCAUUUCAACAAUUUUUUUUUUCGUGAAUUAUAUUCUAAUA